AUGAAGGAGAAGGCCUUCAUGUGGAUCCUGACGCAUAAAGGCAUUCUCACUUACGAUAAUAUGAUGAAGAGUGGGUGGAAUUUGGCGAUCAUGUGCGUGCUGUGCAGGGCUACUGUUGAAGAUAUUAAUCACCUUUUUGUCCACUGUUCCUUUAGCUGCAGUGUUUGGAAUCUCCUCCUUAUUAUGGUUGAGAUGGGUGGCCUUUUUGAGGACGACGUUGCUUCCAUUUUUAAGGGCUGGCCGGUUGUUAAUCCUAACACUUGGAUAGACUGUUUCAAGAAUGGACUCAUUCAUGCUUUCACUUGGGAGAUUUGGAAAGAAAUGAAUGCUCGUGUGUUUCGAGAGACCUCCAGACCGCUACAGAUCAUUUUUUACAAAACUUGCAGGUCUCUGGCUUAUUGGAUGUCAGCUCAUGGUGUCCUCACUGACCAACAUAAGUGGCUUGCAAGGAUGCAUCAGGUCUGCCCCCUGCAGCAGCUAAGGAGUACUCGCCCCCUGCAGUUGGAAGAUGGGGCUAGUUGGGUUGGGUUGAUUGCGGCAGAGGAUUAG